GUCAAAAACGAAAGUAAUUGUUUUCAGGGAGGGGCUGCUGUUGUGAACGUCUUUACUUUUUACACAUCUGUCGGGAAAAAGCGGAAAGUGUUCGGUCAGAUUGUGGGAAAGUAAGAGGUGAGUCCCAAACCCUCUUUCAUUUCAGGAAGGGGUCAUUCCCAGUGGGAUCGGGUGGAUAUUAUUCCCGCUGAAAGAUCCCAAUCAAAUCCAAGGAGUUGAACGGGGAGCCGCUGGGGAUUGUCCCGGGAAAAGGCGAUUCUUCUUCUGCUGAGAUCUGAAGAUGAGAGGUGUUCACCACAUAGUGCUGUUACUGCUUGUGAUUCAGGACACAGUGAACGAUAUUAGUGAACUUACAGCUUGGAGGGAGAAGUGGAUGGGGGAGAAUGGAACAUGCUGUCCAGAAAUGCCUCAAAAGGGAGGAGGAGCAUCUGAGGUCGGGCCUGCAGCUCAGCCUGCAGCAGCCUCAGAGCAGAUUACUCUCCAGGACCUGGUGAAUCAGCUCUCAAAAUCUCGCGAGAUGUUGGGGAAACAGAUUGAAGAGAAGCUGGCUCCAGUCUCUCUCAUGCUGCAGAAGCAUGAGCAGCAGCUGGGAGACCUGGAGAAGAGGACGAAUGAGGUGGAGCACAGGGUCACAGUGGUGGAAGCUGAUGCCAGAUCAUUCAAGGAAGAGAUCCAAGCCCUGAAGACGCAGGUUUGUAAUUUGCAUGACCAAGUGGAUGAUCUUGCAAACAGGGGCAGGAGAAAAAACAUUUGGAUCAUCGGUCUGCCUGAGGAUAAGGAAGGUGAGCGGCCUGCGGAAUUUGUUGAAGAUUGGCUUCAGAAAUUCCUUGACUUGGAGACUGGUAUGAGAGGAUUGAAGAUAGAGAAGGCUCACCGGGUUGCAGCACGGAGGUCGGGUCUGGGUCAACACCCUCGUCCUUUCCUGGUGCGGUUCCAUCAUUACCGGGAUAAGGUGACAGUCAUGGAGGCUUCCAGACUCCAGGGGAAGGAUUCAAAGGGCCUAAUUUACGAGGGGUCUGAGAUAAUGUUUUUUCAGGGUUUUUCAGUGGCAGUGAUCCAGAAACAAAAAUCGUAUGAUGGUGUCAAGAGAAGACUGAAGGAGCUUGGGAUUCAGUACUCCCUGAGAUAGCCGGCAGUGCUUCAGAUCACCUUAGAUCGAUCCAUGCAUCUCUUUGACACAUCAGAGAAGGCAAGAGACUUUGUGGACAAACUAAUCUAAUUUAAACAAUUGUAGUAUGUAUAAAUAUCGCUGCUUGGGUAAGCGUUUAUCAUUCUGUAAAAGAAAUGGAACUUUGUUUUUCCCCUUUUUUUUCCUCUAUUGAUAAUAAUUUGGUUCAUACAAUGUCUGGCGGUGGUUAAGAUGUACAUUUUAAAUUUCUAAGUUAGGACAUACCAAAGGAUGGAUGGGGUAUUUAUUCCCCCUUUUUUUAAUAAAAGAAUGUUUUUUUAUUCAUAUUGAUAUUCUAUGGGGUGUUUAUUCUUUUUAGCUUGUGCUUGCGAUGCGGCUCUAGCUGGGAGAAGUGAAGGUGGUUGAGAUGGUUAGAUGCCUAUUUAUGGGCAGUUCGGGGUGGGUAGUUGCCCCCUCUGGGCAGGGGGUGAGUUCCCCUACUCAGUGCUAUUGGCGCUUUAUAUGUUGGUUUGUUUUCUGGUUUUUGUUGUCUUUUCUUUUUAAUAAUUUUGUAUGUUUGUUAAAUGUAGUGGUUUUAGUUUAUGUAGUUUUUAUAUUUGGUGGACCAUGCGAUGCUAAGACUCAGCAAUUUGUGGUUCGGGUUCCUCCUCUCUGGAAUUUAAAUGUAAUUGCAGAAGAUUACGAGGGGUCUGAGAUAAUGUUUUUUCAGGGUUUUUCAGUGGCAGUGAUCCAGAAACAAAAAUCGUAUGAUGGUGUCAAGAGAAGACUGAAGGAGCUUGGGAUUCAGUACUCCCUGAGAUAGCCGGCAGUGCUUCAGAUCACCUUAGAUCGAUCCAUGCAUCUCUUUGACACAUCAGAGAAGGCAAGAGACUUUGUGGACAAACUAAUCUAAUUUAAACAAUUGUAGUAUGUAUAAAUAUCGCUGCUUGGGUAAGCGUUUAUCAUUCUGUAAAAGAAAUGGAACUUUGUUUUUCCCCUUUUUUUUCCUCUAUUGAUAAUAAUUUGGUUCAUACAAUGUCUGGCGGUGGUUAAGAUGUACAUUUUAAAUUUCUAAGUUAGGACAUACCAAAGGAUGGAUGGGGUAUUUAUUCCCCCUUUUUUUAAUAAAAGAAUGUUUUUUUAUUCAUAUUGAUAUUCUAUGGGGUGUUUAUUCUUUUUAGCUUGUGCUUGCGAUGCGGCUCUAGCUGGGAGAAGUGAAGGUGGUUGAGAUGGUUAGAUGCCUAUUUAUGGGCAGUUCGGGGUGGGUAGUUGCCCCCUCUGGGCAGGGGGUGAGUUCCCCUACUCAGUGCUAUUGGCGCUUUAUAUGUUGGUUUGUUUUCUGGUUUUUGUUGUCUUUUCUUUUUAAUAAUUUUGUAUGUUUGUUAAAUGUAGUGGUUUUAGUUUAUGUAGUUUUUAUAUUUGGUGGACCAUGCGAUGCUAAGACUCAGCAAUUUGUGGUUCGGGUUCCUCCUCUCUGGAAUUUAAAUGUAAUUGCAGAAGAUUAUGGCUAAUGAUUUGAUUAAAUGGUGUACCUGGAAUAUCAAGGUAAGUCACUCACCAAUUAAGAGGAAGAAGGUACUCUUGAGUCUUAGAAAGGAGAAGGUGGAUAUUGCUUUGUUACAGGGGACACAUUUGGAUGACAAGGAACAUCUGAAAUUACAGCAGAAUGGCUUUGACUGAGUUUAUUUUUCAUCAUUUACUACCAGAAGUAGGGGAAUGGCUAUAUUGGUAAGGAAAAAUCUCUCAUUUAAAUUGUUGGAAUAUGUCAAAGACACAUAUGGGAGGUUUGUAAUUCUUAAAGACUUGAUAAAUGGGGAAGAAUAUGGCAUUUUAAAUGUUUAUUGUCCCCCAGCUCAUCCUCUUAAAUUCUUGGUAGAUGCUUUUUCUAAACUGAUAAGUUUCAAGUCUCGGCACAUCAUUAUAGGGGGAGAUUUUAACUGCCUCAUGGACCCCACAGUAGACAGGUUGCCUAAAGGCCCCUCGAUACCCCUCGGCACAAACUAAACAGUUAUUGGGUUUGUGUGGGGAAUUAGGAUUGGUGUACGUCUGGAGGUAUCUCCACCCUACAGGUAGGGAUUUCACAUUUUUCUCCAAUCUGCACAGAUGUCACACGAGGAUUGAUUUUUUUCUGACCCCUGCAGUAACUCUGGAUCUGGUGGCAUCCUGUACGAUUGGUAAUAUUGGCAUCUCUGAUCAUGCUCCAGUGUACCUCAUGGUUAAAAUUAAGGAUGUUACAGUGGAUUCAAGGUACUGGCGAAUGAACCCCUUUAUUCUCAUGGACAACAAGUUUGUGGAGUAUUUCUCUAGGGAAUUUUGGAGAUUCCUAGACAUCAACAUAGGCUCGGUUGAUAGCUCAUCUGUUCUCUGGGAAACUGCCAAAGCUUAUGCCAGAGGGUUAGUUAUUUCAUAUUCCACAAGUAGGAAGCGGCAGAAGGGUGAGCAGCAACAUCUCCUUGAUACACGGUUGAAGGCAGCCGAGAAGGCCUAUUUUGACAGACCCUCGUUGGUCAAACUACAGAGGAUUACGGCACUGUGGUCUGCGCUAAAUUCCGUGCUCACGCAGACGGCAAAGAAGGAGUUGGCUUUUGCAAAGCAAAGUUAUACGAGCAUGGUGACAAGCCAGGGAAAUACUUAGCAUACCUUGCCAGAAAGAGAAGUGCCCCACAAACUAUUACAGCGAUUAGGGAAGGGUCUGGGAACCUAACAUGUGAUUCUAAAAAGAUUAAUGUGGCGUUCCAGAGAUUCUACUCUAAGUUAUAUCAGUCUGAGAAUUGUGAGGAGGGGCAGGCCAAAAUGGAAUCCUUUUUUAGAGAUCUGAAGCUCCCGGGUGUGACUCCCGAACAACAGUCCUUUCUCAAUGCCCCAUUAUCAGAGCAAGAAGUGCAGGAAGCUGUGAGGCAGCUUCAGAGUGGAAAGGCACCCGGUCCUGAUGGACUUCCCAGUGAAUUCUAUAAGGAAUUUAUAAGUAUACUGUCAGGCCCAAUGCUGAAUAUGUUUAAUGAUUCAUAUAGUCAUGUUUAUCUCCCACUAUCUCUGAGAGAGGCCAAUAUUUCACUUAUCCUUAAAAAAGGGAAGGAUCCGGAAGACUGUGCUUCAUAUAGGGCCAUCUCGCUCUUAAAUGUGGACUUUAAGAUCUUCUCUAAUGCUCUUGCGUUAAGGCUGGACACUGUGUAACCCUCCAUUAUUAAAGAGGAUCAGACGGGUUUCAUAAAGGGUUGCAGAUCAUCCAAUAACGUUAGGAGGCUGCUUAAUGUAAUUCAAGCAUGCCAACAGCAGUCAAUACAGGGAUUGGUGAUUUCUUUAGAUGCAGAGAAGGCAUUUGACCGAGUUGAGUGGCCGUAUCUUUUUUAUACUCUAGACUGGGAUUGGUCUGGGCGAAGUUUUCAUAAGAUGGGUAAAGGUUCUCUACAGUGUACCUCUCGCUGCGGUCAUUACCAACGGGGUGCAAUCAAGCAAUUUUAAUAUUUCUAGGGGCAGCCGGCAGGGCUGUCCCCUUUCACCAUUACUUUUUACAUUGGUGAUUGAACUGUUGGCAGAGGCCAUUCGUAGGGAUCUCAAUAUAUCAGUUCCAGAAGUGGGGUCAAAAUUACAUAAGAUCUCACUGUAUGCAGAUGAUGUUCUAAUUUUCUUGACUAUUCUAGCAGUUUCAGUGCCUUGCCUGAUACAAUGCAUUCACACGUUUGGCACUUUUUCAGGGUAUAAGAUUAAUUUUGUUAAAUCAGAGGCUUUGCCUAUGAUGGUCUUACGAAAGAGUUGGCUCUUGAGAGUGACUAUAGAUUCCCAUUUAGGUGGUCACAGGGGGGUUUUGUGUAUUUGGGCAUAUUCAUUACUCCAGCUCUGGACUGGCUGUUCAAAGCCAAUUUUACUCAAUUAUUUGAAAAAAAUUAAACAAGAUCUCCAAAGAUGGGAGGCACUUCCAGUUUCAUGGUUGGGUCGGAUAGCGCUUAAUAAGAUGAAUAUUCUCCCUCGUUUGCUAUACCCUAUACGGAUGCUCCCCCUGAUUUUCAAUAAACAAACACUCAGGAGACUGAACAGUUUGUUCAGCUCCUUUGUCUGGCACCGUAAACGGCCCCUCAUUAAAUUAUCCAAACUGCAGUUGCCCCACGGAUUGGGAGGAGUAGACCUGCCAGACAUUAAAACUUACUAAUUAAGCUCGCUUUUGACCUACGUAAGUGAUUGGGUUUGUGGGGACCCUCUUUCAAUAUGGCUAGAUAUCGAAGCCUCCAGGCAAGGUGCCCCCUUACCAGUUUGCUGUUUUUGGACAAGGUGAGGACAGUUAGGGAAUAUUGUCAUAACCCAAUAGUCAUCAAUACUGUUAAAGCAUGGAGGGCAAUUCAGCAGAGGGAAGGUAAUAUUGACAAAACAUCUCUGUUUACACCUUUAGUGGGCAUGGCGAAUUUUCAACCAGGAUGAUAGAUUCAGGAUUUAAACAUUGGGCAGCUAGGGGUAUAUCUUGCAUGGGUGAUUUAUUUGAGGGAGAUGUAAUGAUGUCCUUCGAUCAAUUAGUACGGAAAUACAAGUUACCUAAUAGAGACCUCUUUCGUUUUUUUCAAGUUAGGGAUUUUAUACAAAAAAGGACCACACUUUUGACUAAUCCCUACAAAUCUGAUGCAGAAAGAGGGAUACUAAGGGCUAAGAGCACACUCUCUGUCAGUACUCUAUAUCACCAAAUGGGGGGUGCCACCUCAGAUGAGUCUGAUCGACUCUGCAAGAUGUGGGAAAGAGAGCUGGAUGUUGAGAGGCAUGAGAUGAUAUUUGGGGGAAUGCAAGGAAUAGGAUCCAUGCUUUACAGUUGAAGAUUCUCUACAGGGUCCACUUAGCCCCAGACCGUUUGUCAAAAUUUAAACUUGGUGUAUCUUGAGCAUGCCCCAAGUGCAAGGUCUGUACGGGUACUCUUUCCCAUUGUCUUUGGUCUUGUGACAGGCUUCAAACAUAUUGGAGCGCUGUGGUGGGUGCAAUGGAGAGGAUUUUAGGUGUAGGGGUGGAGAAGGACCCUAUUUCGCUCCUUUCGGGCCUACCCAUUGUAUUUCCUGUAGACUCGCAUAAGGCAAAACUUUUCAAUAUUCUUACAUUCUGUGCAAGGAAGAAUAUCUUGCUAGGUUGGAUAUCAGAAAACCCCCCCAGGCCUGUCGAGUUGGCGGAAGAUUGUUAUGGAGCAUAUUUGCCUGGAUUUUCUCACAAAUAUGGUACACCACAAAACUGAGAAUUUUUACAAGACAUGGCAACCCUUUUUAAAAUACCUGGACACAGAUUUAUCUGCCACACUAUCAAGGGCUUUUAUAUCGCCGUCACGAUUGUGUUUCAUGAGUCCAAUAUCCAGGGAGGAGGAACUGUGAAUGUAUGAGUGUUUUGUUUGGCUGGGCUGAGUUAUUACUAUUUACUUGUUUGUUGUUAGGUAUUUAUUUAGUUAGUUAAAUAGCUAGUUUAGUUUUUUUUAAUUUUGUACUUCUCUAUAUAUGUUUAUACAUUCGUA